AACCUCCGUAGAACCUUCUCGCUCAGAUAUUCCUGAUUCUUUAUACGGAAUACCUCGAACGUUCGCGUGAAUAAUCUGGUCGGCCGAUCGGACCGAUGGUGCAUCCUGAAUAUUAACCCAAGUUAGGUAUUUAUUCUCCACCGGUGUUACGUAAAAUGUAUUGAUGUCAUAAUCUACGAAUCGGCCCAGAAAGCCAUGGCCUACUUGGUGGAAAUUUCAGACAAAUUUCUAUUCCGCACGACAAAAUAUUCGAUUGAUCGUAAAGAAUAACAAACCAAUUUCGUAACAAUGUUCUCUCUGCCCGUUCAUCGGACUCGGUAUACGCUUUCAUUAUCAUUCGAAUCGGACGUACCAUUUCUACGUAAAAACAAGAUCGACACGAAAAAUCGUCUGUGCGAAGGUGCGGUCAUGUCGUCAAGGCAUUCCCACACUGUUUAGAGACAUUCUGUGAAUCAAUGCCGAUAGGUUCUGUUAAUGAUUGUGUAAUGGAAAAACACCGGUCGCAUCCGAGGGUAUCCCUCAGGGAUAUUCCAAGGAUGUGAGUUUACAUACACGCUUCAGAUUUUGUUAUGCGCGGCUGGAUAAAAAAAAAAAGAUCCUCGUUACAUUACUGGCAGUAAAAAACGGACUGUCUCGUUCGCAAUCGGCUUUCCAGAUCAAACAAACGGUUAACGGUACUCAUUAGGGACGGGGAAAUAUGUUCCCCUGUCAGGGUGAAAAGGAAAGGUUUUUCCUCGACAAAGCCCGGGGUUAUGUAUCUUCUGAAAUCCCAGGCCAAAGACCGUGAAAUUCCUCGAACAAUUUCUUCGGUCGGUUCGUACGGUUCGAAGAGGUCUCCUCUUUACGGUUACCCGAAAUGCGUAAGAGGUCGUAAAACGCUUGCGUUCUCGGUACAUACCGAUCGCGUGCCCGAUUCAAACGGACGACAAAGGAAUCGUGUUAUAAAGCGCGCCGCGAUCUUUAAUGCAUUCGGAUGCACGCGCUAAGCGGCUCAUUAUAACACGCGAUUCCGUUUACAAUCGAUCGGUGAUUCAGACUUCCAUAAACGAGCGCCGGCGAACUUUACCCCAAUUAUUCGCCAGGUUAUUCGAGUUAAUAACGAGAGUACAGCAGGCAAAAUGGAAUUGGAAUGUUUACUCGAUUGGCGCUACAUUAGUUUCGCGCUAACCUGACACAAGGAACGGUAGAAGGAGAGGGGGCUGGGGAGAGUCAUAAUUUAUUGUUUCUCGUCGGUAGCAAUAUUUAAUCUUAUAAUAAUCUUAAAAUUCUCGAAAUCGGGGAAAGGAAAAAUGAAGAAUCAAUAUUGAAUCAAUUGGAACGAGCAGAACACGGGACAGACCAUAGGUAAACAGUAGCGUCGCGUCCUCCGCGUCUGUUCUAUCGCGGCAGGAGUCGCGAGACACGCACGUGCGUCCGCGGUCAACACGAUGAGUCGCGCUUGCGUUUUGCGGCGGGUCCGGAGGUGGUGCGAGGUUCAUAGAGAAAAGCCGCCACGGGGAUGAAGGAACAAAAGGCGCAGGAGGAGAUACAAGAGGUACAGAAGCGGAGUCCGUCGUGAGCGAGUAGAACCAACGCGAUCCCGCGUGUACCACCUACCGUGCACAUAGUAUCCGUACACGCGAAGAGAGAGAGAGAGAGAGAGAGGGAGAGAAAGGGAGGGAGGUAGAAGGAACGAGAAGGACGGAAGAAAACAACGAGUACGACUGAGUCUCUCGGAGAGCCUCGAACUCGGAGAAGUCUUCGCGAGUCCGGCGAACCGACACAACACCGUUCACCGAUUCCAAAGUCCGCUGGUAGGCUCAGUUGUCUCCGAAACCCCGAACCGUUCGGAUGUAGCUGCUACUCGACGAGCUCCUUCUUUCACGAGCAUUUUCUUCGACGCCCCUGAGUGUACAGUUUGGCCGCGCAUACACUCGCCAAAGCCGAUACUCGUACCGAGUCCAGUUUCGCUCCUGCUCGUCGUGUUCGUUUCGUCGCGAUCUCGUGUGCUCCUCGCAGUGGCAUGGCACGGGCUCGAUUCUGAUCGAUAGUCAAGAAAAACCGGAAGCAAGGAAGAGAAUACGAUUUUUCCGAAGAACGCGGUGUGUCGAAGAUCGUUGUUUCGCGGGUCGUCACAGAUAGUAUUGUUGAACGGGCGCGCGACCAACUUCAGAAGAGUGGAAAGGCGAAAGAGCGCUGGAGCGGCGAAGAAGUCGGAAGAAAUUCGAGAGACAGGGACGAAGACGAGCUUGUCGUCCGGACUAAUCGACCGUCGAGCGUUAACACGUAGCAAGCACGGAGAAUGGUAGCUUCGCAACACGAUGGUACCAGAAGUGUCGGUAGCUGUGGCGAUGGUGGAGGCGGCGGCGGCGGUGGCGGCGUCGACGAGACGACCGUGUACACGGUGACCGUGAGCGGCGUCGGUUACAGGAACGAGGGCUACAAGGACGAUGUGAUCGACGGGAUACCCCCGGAGCCGCACAAGCCGCCGCAGUUGUCGUCGACGGACGACGACACUCAAUCGAGAAAGUUCAAGCUCUCCCGCGGCGAGAAAUGGAGGAUCCUAAAGAACAUUGGGACCGUGUCGAUCGCGUUCAUGGUGCAGUUCACCGCGUUCCAAGGCACGGCGAAUCUCCAGUCGUCUAUAAACGCCAGUGACGGUCUAGGCACCGUUUCGCUCUCGGCGAUCUACGCCGCCCAGGUGCUCUCAUGCAUCUUCGUGCCCACGUUCCUCAUCAAGAGGCUCACCGUGAAAUGGACUUUAUGCGUAUCUAUGAUGUGUUACGCACCGUACAUCGCAUCGCAGUUCUACCCGAAAUUCUACACCCUAGUGCCGGCCGGGGUGCUGCUCGGGCUGGGCGCCGCGCCCAUGUGGGCGGCCAAAGCCACCUACCUCACCCAAGUCGGCGGCGUCUACGCGAAGCUCACCGAUCAACCGGUUGACGCGAUCGUCGUCAGGUUCUUCGGAUUCUUCUUCCUCGCUUGGCAGACCGCCGAACUCUGGGGAAACCUCAUCUCCUCGUUGGUGCUCAGCGAGGGAGAGGUAGCGGACGCUGGUAACAGUACCGUGACGAUCUGGAACGAGAAGAAGCUGCAAUUAUGCGGCGCGGACUUCUGCGUGCACGGAAACGGCGCCCACGAGACCCUGGCACGUCCACCGGAGUCCGAGAUCUACGAGAUCUCUGCGAUCUACCUGACCUGCGUGAUCGUUGCGGUGAUCAUCGUGAUGCUGUUCGUCGAUCCACUCUCGAGGUACGGCGAGAAGCAACGUAAGAACGACUGCCAAGAGCUCAGUGGUAUACAAUUGCUCUCGGCAACUGCUUAUCAACUGAAGAAACCGUACCAGCAGCUACUCAUACCGAUCACCGUGUGGAUCGGGAUGGAGCAGGCGUUCAUCGGCGCGGAGUUUACACAAGCGUACAUCUCGUGUGCGUUAGGCGUGCACCGAGUGGGCUACGUGAUGAUCUGCUUUGGAGUAGUGAACGCAGGAUGCUCGUUGCUCUUCGGCUCGUUAAUGAAGUUCGUCGGCAGGCAAUCGCUCAUGGCGCUGGGCGCCAUCGUCCACGUCAGCCUUGUCGUAGUGCUACUCCACUGGAAGCCGCACCCCGCUAACCCAUACGUAUUUUUUACCGUUUCCGGGCUGUGGGGCGUCGGCGACGCUGUAUGGCAGACCCAAGUCAACGGUCUUUACGGCACCCUGUUCAGGCGUAACAAGGAAGCAGCGUUCUCCAACUACAGAUUAUGGGAGAGCGUCGGAUUCGUGAUAGCGUACGCCUACAGCACCCAUCUAUGCGCCCGCAUGAAGCUGUACGUGAUGCUGACGGCGUUGCUCAUCGGCACCUGCGGUUACGCGAUCGUGGAACUGCUGCACAGGCGCAAGCAGAAGAGGUUGAAAGCCAUCGCGGAGGACCCGAAGAUGGCCCAGGCCGAGGCGAACAAGGUGGAGGAGACCGACGACGAGAAGGACGAUAUCGACGACGAUAUCAUCAUCACGCACCUCUGAACACGCUCAGGCAUCGACGAUGAAUCUCAUAAGCGUCUCGGCUACGAUCGACCACUUCUCUCUUCGACCCUUCCUUAUCGCUCACCCUUUCCUGUAACGACGCUCGAACGACGCGGAGUCACUUCCCACGGCGGUGGUAUUCCCGAAAACGGCUCGUGGUGAAACGUGCCGCGAUCGUCGACUCGUUCACAGGAAGCGUAAAGACGACGAUCGUUAAUCAGAUCGUUUUCUUUUCUCUUUUUGCGAAAGUACGCGGAGCGGGAGAUUUCGAUUAGAACCGCUACGCAAAGUCGUUCGUCUAUUUCAAUUCUUAAAACACUCGAGUGCCUUUUACGAUCCUUGUUUUCUUGUUCGAUCUUAUAAAUCUCGCGUUUGAAUCUCGCAGUUGGAUCACCGAUGUCAACCUCUCUUCUCGAAGAGACGAAAAAGAGAAACAUAUUGAAACUCGCCCGACGUGCACUUUUUCCCGAGAAGAGGGAAUAUGCCAGAGAAAGAAACCGACUCGUGCAAAAUUAACAAGAGAUAAGGAGGUGCGCGCGGAUGGGGUACGCAUCGUUAAGAUCGGAUCACCCUUCCUCGUGCCGAGAUUCGACGAGGCGAUCGCGUUGUCAACCGAGAAAAGAAUUGCUUGCCUUCACGGUGCUAGGAGCGCGUUCCGAUGCCAUACUCGUCCUUAUGCGUUCACACAGUCGACUCCUCCGAUCUUCGCUUAAACGCGAGUUUAACGAAGAGAAGGAUCGCCGAAACCGACGAAUUUUAGCUACGAACAGUUCGACGUUUUCAAAGGACGCGAAGAUUAACAUCGAUUACGAGAAGUUGGAUUUUGUCUAACGAGAAAUGAUCUGGAAAAAAGAGAAUUCCGCUUGACGAGCAUGAACGAUCAGCGAGUAUUCGUAAUACAUAGAAGAUGUAAGACCUCCCGUCGCCACUAUGUGGAAGCGCUACAUAGCAACUUGCCAUUAAGUUUUAUCGGAAUUGUGUCCCAGUUUAUGUGAUAAAGGUCGGACGUUCCCAGACGAACGUUUCGAUCGUGAAUCCAUUUAAUCUUCUAAAUGUAUAUAUAUAUAUAUUAUGGAUAGCAAUUGUAACCGCGCGGUAAAAUGGAUAUUCCAUUGGAACGCGUUCGCGUUCUGGCUCGGCGAGGCCAGGAACUUUGAAACGGUAACUGGCCGACUUUCAUGUCCUUGUUAAUUAUUGUGUUUACUUUUUGCCACUAAUGACCACAGAUGCACUUCAAUCAAAGAAGCAUUGAAUUUACGUAUGAUUCGAAGAUACAUUGAUUUUAUUCAAACGUUUUACGACCGUCCUUUGUUCUAUUAUGAGAUACAAAUAGAAACGUUUGAUCCUCUCAUCGUCAAGAAGCGGCAGACUGGGCCUGCCUAGGAUUGGGAUCGUGCAUCUGCAUUUGAAACGAAAUUUUAAGAAAAAUAAGAAAGGAAAGGACAUUUCCCUGGAACGAUAAAACGAUGAAACGUGCGUAGAUUAUAAAAUUUGUUGCGUGCACCACGAAAUGCUGUCACUUAUUAACUGAACGAUCACCUGUAAGAGACUUUGUAACAAAACUGUUGAUAACAAUUGAAUUACGGUCUUAACGAUUAGGAAGAGUAUCGGAGAACGUGUUUAGUGAUAGACUUAAGGAACAUUAUAGUUGAUAAUUUAACAUUAAGUAUUCAGCAAAAUUAAUUUUAUAGAUCACCCUUGUUCUUUUUGUAGAUUAAAAGAGUUUGAGAGAAAAACAGGAAAGAAAGACAGAACGUACAUUAUGUUUGCCUUUACGCGAAGACGAUUCACGAUCGGUUGUUACUAACGAGAAACGAAUGGCAUGGAACGUUGUUAUUCGCAGAAGAAGGGACACACCUGUCCCUUGAAUCAGUAUUUGUUACCCGAAUCGCAUUGUAUUAUGCGUUAGUUCUUACGAUUGUUCAAUGAUCAUGCAAGUUACAUUAGUACUACACGUCUCUCUCGACAGUAUCUAUAUUCCGUCCGCCAUUCGAGAAGGUUGCUCAAAGAAUCUUUACCAUAAGAUCAGAGUACCAAUCAAAUCCAGGUCACAUUAUUUUUUAUAUACAGUGUACGUCAUUCGAUUCGUACUCGAACAGUACUUAAAACUCGAAUCGUAAUCUUGCUUAUCCCCUCGUAACAAACCGGAGACAUUUCGUCUCUUAACGCCGAUAACCGAAUAUACGUUUGUACAAAAGGAGAACGACUAUCUUACACAAAGUAUUAAGACAAUACUCUAUACGAUUGUAUAAAAGAAAAAAGACGUUCGCAAACGGAACGUAUAGCUUUCUCUCCCGACGAGUCGAAAGCAUUAUAAAAUUUGUAACAGACUUCUA